GAUUGAGCAAGCAGUCGAAAAUUAACAAACGCCAUUUUGAACCCGAAGCCUCGUCCUGCAUUCUCCUCCGCCCUCUCUCGUGUCGACGACUAGGUUCAAUAUCACACCAAACCACAGCAGUCGCAAACAUGGCCGACGAUACCCCCGUCACUCUGCGCACGCGCAAGUUCAUCCGCAACCCUCUUCUGGGUCGCAAGCAGAUGGUCGUUGACAUCCUGCACCCGACCCGCCCCAACAUCUCCAAGGAUGAGCUCCGUGAGAAGCUUUCGGCCAUGUACAAGGCUACCAAGGACCAGGUCAGCGUCUUCGGCCUGAGGACUCAGUUCGGUGGUGGCAAGACCACCGGCUUCGCCCUGAUCUACGACUCUCCCGAGGCCCUCCAGAAGUUCGAGCCCCGCUACAGGUUGGUGCGUAUCGGCAAGGCCACCAAGGUCGAGAAGGCCAGCAGGCAACAGCGCAAGCAGCGCAAGAACAGGCAGAAGACCCUCCGUGGUACGGCAAAGGUCAAGGGUGCCAAGGCGAAGAAGGACAAAUAGACGAUUUCUACGAACAAUCGGCGCAUUGCAGGGCAUUCUGGGGUUUUUACUCGUCGCGUCGUUCUCAACAUAUUCUACUUUCCUCCCUUACGCCCCUCGUUUCGGCAUCUUUUGGGGAACGAACAUCACAAAAAUGGUUGGGGGAAAAUAUACUCACAUGGGCGUUGGCAUCAUGUAUUGCCGGGCUUGGGCUUGGCUUGGGCUCGGAUCGAGAUGAGAACAAUGCAAACAAAAAGACGAUCUUGUUUUGCCUGUUAUUACAAUUUCCGGACUUCGGUUACAACGGUGGCGUGAAUGGGAUGGUUUUGAUUUUUUUUCCUUUUGCGGUCAACAGCAUCAAAGCAUUCCAAUCCAGGUGUUGUGUUCGUGUCUUUCAGCUUCCCAAUCCGAUGAGCUGGGCGUCUCCAGUCGAGACCAGUAACGGAUGUACAGUUAUUUUGCUGGCAUUUUGAGGAUUUGCAGUAUCAGUGAAUGUUUGUUUCUAUUAACUGACAAAGGAAAUUAUCAUGUGACUGACAGAAAGAACAAUAGAACCAGCUUUGCUAGCAAGGAAAGAAA